GUUUCCUGUCACUAAGACGCUCACAGUGGAUUUCACCACCUGAUAAUUGCUGCUGCAUAGAACUUCUGAGUGUAAUGAUGGCUACUGAAGGAACCAAAGAGGUUUCCUUGCGGUCAAAGCAAAGGAGGAAAUCUAAAGUCAGUAUAUUCAAAAUGAGUCGCAGAAGAAUCUCAUGCAAAGAAUUAGGAGAUGCUGAUUGUCAAGGAUGGUUGUAUAAGAAAAAAGAAAAAUCAUUUCUUGGCAACAAGUGGAAAAAGAUUUGGGCAGUUCUGAAAGGUUCAUGUUUGUACUGGUAUACCAGCCAGAUGGCUGAAAAAGCUGAAGGUUUCAUCAAUCUUUCUGAGUUCAUUGUGAAUCCUGCCACUGAUAGCAAGAAAAAAUAUGCUGUAAAGAUCACUCAUCCGAAGACCAAGGCCUUUUAUUUUGCCGCUGAAAACAGAGAAGAGAUGAAUAAAUGGCUAAAUAAACUAGGCCUUGCUGUAAUUACUCAUCCAAUAAAAGAUAAAAAAGAUGAAGAUUGCUGGAGUGAGAGUGAACAUGAUGAUCAUGAUUUAACAUCAGAGUGCGCCCUCUUUUGUACUUUGAAGUAUGGACAUGCAAAACAUAAUUCACCCUCAAUUUCUUCUGAACUUGCCAUACCACUACAUGUAAGUUCUCUAGCCCACAACUCUGGAUCAUCACUGUGUAUCAUGGAAUAUCAAGAAAAAGUAUUACAUCGUCCCAUAACAAACAGUUCAUCAGCUCCUGAACUUGAGAAAUUGUUUGUAGAACAGAAUCUGUACCAAAAUAAAGAUGUUAGAAUGUUAAAUGCUGACUUUAAGAUGCAAGUAGAGGAACCAGAAUUAAACAUGAGCUUGUCAUCCAUGGUUACAGAGGGUCUACAUAUGAAAGCAAAAGAUGAUGAUGAAAUGGAGAAAUUAUACAAAUCUCUAGAAGAAGCUAGUCUAUCACCAAUUGGAGAUCGUCGACCCUCUUCGAAAAUUGAACUAAGAAAGUCUUUUAUUAAACGCAGCAAAAACCCUUCAAUCAAUGAAAAACUGCACAAAAUCAGGACUUUGAACAGCACUCUAAAGUGCAAAGAACAUGACCUGGCGAUGAUUAACCAACUCCUGGAAAGUGGUGAAAUCACAAGUGAAAAAUACAGAGAAUGGAAAGAUAAUAAUACAUUACUAUUUCAAGAUCUAUACUCAUCACCUUGUGUUCAAGUCUCUGCUGACAAUACAACACUAGAAACACCAUUCAGUUGAGCAUUACUCCUAAGGAUUAACGCAUAUUUUUAUUUAUUUUAAAGCUUGUACAUAUUUUCCCCCUUUUCAAAAUUAUUUAAACACUGCAAUGAAGAUGACCAAAGGAUGUUUAUUCUCGGCAUACCCUUUGUAUCUUUUAUAUAUUCGCUGUCCUUCGCACCAGAGGCUAGAAUCUCCUGGAAUAAGUUCUGGAAAAGAUCAGUAGUUAUGACAUCCUCACUUUCCACAUGUACAAUGCAUUUUUAUAAAUCUUUGUUGGACUUGGACAAGUGUCAUGUGAUCAAUAAAGUAUUACCUUUCCUUUGGACUGGAUCAGAUCAACAUAUGGUACUUCUUAGGAAAGCUGAAAGUAAAUGAAGAGGACUUUGAAAAAGGAAGGUUAAUGGGACACUCUUGAAGACAGGUCAUCAGUAUAGAAUAUUUGGAAAACCCCUUUAAAUAUUAUAACCCCAAGCUGCAUUCCCAAUUCUGAUGGAUGCCAUUGGAAACAACCAGCUUAUUAGAUGCUUUCCUAACAACUUAAGCUGGCCAUAAACGUUAGAUAGCUGUUGGCCAAACACUCCUCCUGACCCUUCCAAAAAAAUGUAUGCUCAGCUGAGUGCAUGUGCUCCCAAUAUGGAAAUAAGGGAAAUAGGCCAUUGCCAGAUAUCUCUGCCAGCAGCGUAACUCCCUUGAGAACAAACAAAAAAAUCAUGCAUGUUGAAAAGGUGACCCACACUUCCUUCAUCCAGCAUCUGCAAUCAGGGGAAAGUCAGGACACCCUCUUACUCACUAUGUGGUUGGGUCAUGCUGAACUUGGCGAGUUGGGGCAACAUUCACUUAAUGUGUAUGAUUGGCCAGCUUUAGCCAAGUGCCCAUAAUGUAAUGGGGAAAUUUGUCUCUCCACCAUUAGAUUACUG